AUGGGUCCUCCCACUUACGAACGAUACAAUGCCAAAGCUCGUGGGUCAGUGGUAAGCGGUUCCAGUCACAAGAAGCGCAAGCGUCAUCUGCUUGUGGAUGAAGAAGAGAUCCAAGUCAAGUCCGAUCAGAGAAAGGCUUUGUUGUUCAGUACCAACACUGAGAUAGAUAACAAACCCAUGUCCUCGAAGAAGAAGAAACGACUAGAUUCAUACAUCGAGAAAAAGCUCAAAGCAGAAGAACGAGUUCAGACACUCCAGCUCUUAGCUUCAUUGGCUCCCUCCACAUCGGCAUCGGCAGCAUUACUAUCUUCUUCAUCUCUUGGUCAGAACCCAAUUGCUCCUAGUAGCGCCAAGGAACGUGCAGAGAAACGUGAAGACCGACUGGUCCGCAGAGGCAUUGACAGAUUGAAGAGCCGUACCAAUCGUUUGGGCGACAGUGAGAGUAGUGAAGAUGAGGUAGAGAAGGGAAGGAAGGGGAAGGAAAAGAUUGUGGAAGUCGUCCUCGAUGGGCAUGAUGAAAAUGCGGGGGAAGUCAAGGUGACAAGUUUAUCUAAAACACAAGAGAAGACGAGUCGGGCGAAUGGAAAGAAAAGGAAAGGGAAGAAAUCCAAACAGGCGAGCUGGAAUCCACAAUUGAUGUCUACGCAGCCUGAUUCAUCGUCCGACUUCGAUUCGUCAGACUCGGAAGAGGAUCCUAAAGAGGAGAAAGUUCCAUCUUUAAAACCACCCACUGAACCAUCAACAGCGGAGGUGAAUGCCAUAGGAGGAGCCUUGAAGAAAGGUGCAAAUGGCGCCAUGCUUCAGCCCAAGGUUCUGAUACGUAGCAAGCCGGCAUGGACAUUCAAACAGCGGCAACAAAGACAUGAGUCCAAAGGCAGUGAUGAUGAUGAUGAUGAUGAUGAUGAUAUAAGCGACACGAGUGACGAAGACGAAAGCGAGGAACUCCCAGAAGAGGCAUCGGGUAGCGACGCUGGGUCAGAAAGUGGGCAAGGGAAUAGUGAAGCUGAAGGAAACUCAGAUGGCAACGAGGAAGAUCAAGGUCAAGAUCAAAAUCUUUUGCCAGAAGUUCAGCUCUGCGAUUCCGGUCUGAUCAGAAAGAGAUCACCCCGUCGUGAGCGGGCGACGGGCUUCAAGGAUUGGGCGCAGCGUCAAAUGGGGAUACACCAAGGUCCCGAAGAACCAGAACAACCCAUGGAGGAGGUGUUUCCCAAGGCUCCUGCCAGUCACACAUCUACAACCGUACCCAAUGAUCGUCACUUUGUCGGUCCUCUUGGCGCUCACUUGGAGGUCCCAUCUUCUUCUCUCUUGACUACGUCGAAUGGACUGGAGAGUCGUUCAGCCGGUUCCUCAACAAUCCGACCCAGAAUCAACCGACGCCCGUCAGUCUCUCAAGCUCGAAUGGAACUUCCCAUCUUGGCAGAAGAACAGACUAUCGUCGAAGCCAUUCUCAUGCAUUCCGUAGUCAUCAUUGCCGGUGAGACAGGAAGUGGUAAAACUACUCAGGUCCCUCAAAUGUUAUACGAAGCAGGGUUCGGAUUUCAAGGAUCAGAUAAUCCCGGAAUGAUCGCCAUUACUCAACCCCGUCGAGUGGCCGCUGUCUCACUUGCACAACGUGUCAAGUCCGAGUUGAAUCUACCCUCAUCCUCCACAGUAGUCGCUCAUCAAAUCCGAUAUUCCUCCACCACUUCCCCCGAUACAGCUAUCAAAUUCAUGACUGAUGGUGUCCUCCUUCGAGAACUUUCGACCGAUUUUCUUCUCUCGCGAUAUUCUGCUGUUGUUGUCGACGAAGCUCAUGAAAGAGGAGUCAAUACCGAUGUACUCAUCGGUGUCUUAUCGAGAGUAUCAAAAUUACGAGAGAAGAUGUGGCGUGAACAACCAGACAGAGGAGUCAAGCCAUUGAGGAUCGUCAUCAUGUCUGCCACAUUACGAAUGGACGAUUUCGCCAAAAAUUCCACCUUAUUCGCUAUUCCUCCACCGGUCAUACAUAUCACCGCAAGACAGCAUCCCGUCACUGUGCAUUUUAGUAGACGUACGUUGGGGGAUUAUGUCAGUGAGGCGUAUAAGAAGAUCCGUAAAAUACAUGCUAGAUUACCACCUGGAGGUAUUCUGGUGUUCAUGACUGGUCAAGCGGAAAUCCAGACUUUGUGUAGAAAAUUAGAGAAGGAUUAUAACCGUGGGAAAGGCUCUGGAAAAUCUAUUGACUCGUUCACACGAGCGAAGAAUAUCGUUCCGUCUGUCGAUGAACGCGAGACAGAGGACGUUGAAUUAGGGGGAGAUGAUGAUUUAGCAGCGGAUGUCGAUGACGGCCAAGCUGAAAGUGAUCCAGAGGGACUUGACACCGAUGAUGACGAAUCUCCAGAUAUAGAUCUCGAGGAGACGAGUGCUCCAAUGCACAUCUUACCUCUUUACUCCCUUCUCCCUAACGAACAACAGAUGCGAGUGUUCACAUCACCUCCAGAAGGUUCCCGUCUGGUUAUCAUCGCCACCAACGUGGCUGAAACUUCCCUCACAAUCCCCGGUAUUCGGUAUGUGGUAGACACCGGACGUGCAAAAGAAAGACAAUACGAUCCAAUCUCCAACGUUCAACGUUAUAGCGUUUCAUGGAUUUCCAAAGCAUCAGCUCAACAACGUACCGGUAGAGCAGGUCGAACAGGUCCAGGACAUUGUUAUCGUCUUUAUUCCUCCGCAUUAUAUGAAGAUCACUUCGAUUCUUUCACUCCACCUGAAAUCCUUCGUAUGCCUAUCGAAGGAGUAGUUCUUCAAAUGAAAAGUAUGAACAUUGAUAAUGUCGUCAAUUUUCCUUUUCCAACACCACCAGAUCGUCUAGCAUUGCGUAAAGCUGAAGAUCUUUUGAUCAACUUGGGAGCACUGAGCUCGCCAACGAUGGGAAAGAUGAUUAACGGUGUUUCUCAACUUGGUCAAGUAGGAGGAAGUAUAACAGAUUUAGGUCGCAUAAUGGCUGGUUUUCCUGUUUCACCAAGAUUCGCAAAAAUGUUAGCUAUUGGAGGUCAACAUGAUUGUUUACCGUAUAUCGUGGCGAUAGUAGCAGGAAUGAGUGUGGGAGAUCCUUUCGUUCAUGAGAAUUCAUUAGAGAUGAGUUUAGACGAAGAGGAUGAGGAGGAUGAGGAGAUACCGGAGAUGAAACAUAUUACGAAUGAAGAGAUGAGAGCGAAGGAAGAACGGAAAGCACUCAGGAGAAGGUAUUGGAAAUCUCAAUCGCAAUUCUUGGGUUUAGGAAAUGGAACCAGUGACGCUUUCAAAUUAUUAGCUGCCGUAGGGGCGUAUGAACAUGAACCAACGUCUUCGUUCUGCUCUAGGAAUUUCCUUCGUCUGAAAGCAAUGCAAGAAAUCCAUCAACUCCGAAACCAAAUCUCUUCCCUCGCAUCCCUCCCUCCAUCUCGUCUUAUAACACCUUCAGACACUCAACUCAAAAUCAUACGUCAAAUCUUACUCUCAAGCUUUCUGGACCACAUCGCCAUCCGUACCGAUAUAAUAACCAACGCUCCAAAAACAUUCACCUCCUGUCGGAACGUCUCAUUCCGUACCAUCGGUCAAGACGAAGUAUACGUCCAUCCUUCUAGUGUUCUGUUUCAUAAAGCUCCACCUGAAUGGGUUAUAUAUUCUGAACUGGUACAAAGUCAAUCGAGUGGACGUGCUAUCAUGAGAGGAUUGACUAGAGUUCAUCCCGCCUGGAUCAGUCAAUUAGCACCAGCCAUGUGUAGUUGGUCUAAACCUCAAGAAAUAAAAUUAGGAGCGUCGGGUAUACGUAAUUGGUCUAAGCCUCAAGAGAUGAAGUUAGGAGCGGCGAGAAUGGGGAAUGUUGGAAAGGGGGAUGAGAGAGAAGUUUGGGUGAUACCUCAUUUUAGAGCUUUGGGUGUGGAUUUACCUCCUGUAAAGAAAAUUCAAAGACGUGAAGGUACACGGUGGGUCUUGGUAGAGUGAUCAAGCGUGGGAGUACCCACGUCGGCCAUUUCACCUCCCCUUAGAUCCCCGUUCCCUUACCCUUCUCCUUCCAAGAAAAAACACUGAUGAAUUCGAAGCUACUUGUAGCGCUAUCCUGAUUACCAAAACAUCAAUGCAUCUCACCAAAAACCACGUAAUGUCAUCU